AAUAGAACUAUGAAAUUAGAAGGUAUGAAAAGAAAGACUAAUGUAAAAAUUGUAAAAGAUGAUGUCCAAAUUUUUACAAGCUAUUAAUUCACUAAAAUUUGGUGAUAUGCAACUGUUAAAUGUUGAUGAAUUGGUCAUUAUAAUGGAAAUUCAUUGAAAAAAAAUCUUCAUUGUAUUUUUGUAACUUUCCUGGGCAUGACAGGAAAAAAAAAAGAAGGAAAAAUGGGUGUUUCAUCAUCCAAGAUCUGAUUGUUAAAUAAAAUAAAAAAGAACCAUUUGAUUGAAAGAGUGGGGUGGGAUCAGAUGGCGGAGAAGUGAGAGAUUAAAAGAGUUUAUAGAAGCAUCUCCUCCGAGUGGAAGUGAUUUAUAAGUUGGCAACUCCCGAGGUGUCUCUUUCACAAAACAGGUGAAAAAAAAGCAAAGAAACAGAAUACUACUGUUACUGUUAGUAUUAAAGAAAGAAAGAAGCUUUUAAAGUCCAGAGAUAGAAAUCAAGUCCAAGGAGAACAACGCACUACAGACAAAUUCCAAUUAUAUUAUUAAUAAUCAAAUACCUAUAAUAUUUAUAUAUAGGAAAACCCCACCCUUACUCAAUAAAGCUUCAGACUGGGUUUUCUAUGUGAAGUUUAGGAUUUUUUUUUUCUUUGUGAUGGAUCCGCCAGCUAUGAUGAGCGAUGGAAGGUACAAUCUAGCAGAGAUCUGGCAGUAUCCCAUGAGUGAAUCUGGGAUAAGUAGGGGUCAGUUCGGACAUGGGUUGGCUCAGUUCGGGGACCCCAGUCUAGAGAUUUCCGGCAAUGAUCCGGUUAGCUUCGAGCUGCAGCAGAGAAGGGGUGGUAUGAGGCGAAGGCGUGACGGAGAAGAUGAAACAGCUAAGGUUGUCUCUACUAGCUCCACUAGUAGUGGCAAUGCCGUGAAUGAUGGUGAGGGGAAGAGAAUUAAAGCAGCAGGAGGCAGAGAACAAAAUCAUGAAUCUAGAGUUGAAGCAGAACCCAGUUCAGGCAAGCUUGUGGAAGAAAAAGCUCAACCUUCCGAGCCACCUAAACAAGAUUACAUCCACGUACGAGCACGAAGGGGUCAAGCUACUGAUAGCCACAGCUUAGCUGAAAGGGCUAGGAGAGAAAAGAUUAGUGAAAGAAUGAAGAUUCUUCAGGAUUUGGUUCCUGGUUGCAAUAAGGUUAUUGGCAAAGCACUUGUCCUUGAUGAGAUAAUUAAUUACAUUCAAUCACUACAGCGUCAGGUCGAGUUCCUAUCAAUGAAGCUUGAAGCAGUUAAUUCAGGAAUAAACCCUGCCAUUGAAGUAUUUCCUCGUAAAGAUUAUGGCCAACAAGCGUUUGAUGCUACUGGUAUGGCAUUCGGUUCGCAAGUGAUAAAGGAAUACAGUGGUGGCACAUCGCCAGAGUGGUUGCACAUUGGCAGUGCUUUCGAAAGGACAACAUAAUCGGGUAAAGGAAAUCCCCUUGCAAUUACAAAUAAGAGCAUUAAAUUAAUUUGCAGUGCAUCUAGCUUGGGUCGGCCAAAGAGACUAUAUAUUUCCUUUGUCAACAUAAAGGCAUGGAGCCUCCAUUGGAGAAAGCUAGAGUUAGUAUUUGAUGAAAAUGUUCAUUAUUGUGUUUUGGAGAGUGUGUUCCUUUACUCCAUAUAUGUCGAACUUUAAGCUGAAGGGAAUCUCCUAGAAUCAUUAGUUUUUGUUCUUGUACAAGAAAUUUGAUUGUUCAAAAUUACUGAUGCUUUUACACGUUGAGUCGACUUUUGUUUUAAAUUUGGGUUUGAUAAAUAAAGCCUGUUUUACUCUC